UCUUCAUCUCACAUGAAAAGCGGUUGGUGCACCAUAACGGUAACUUGCGGUGCAUUUCUCUCUCUCUCUUUCUCUCCCAUUUGCAUUUCCUCCACUCCACCUUCACUCACUCUAACGCAACACUUUCUUCUGCUCUUCAAGUCAGGUCUUUUUUGGGUGUCAUAAAUGUAAAAAGAAAUGGCCAAGGUUUAUGAAGAGCUUGACGAAGCAAAAGCAGAAAUUGAGGAACUAAAGGCAGAACUAAGAGCCAAGACAGAUUCAUUUGAGAACUUGAAGAAAUCUUAUAAUGCACAGGUCAAUCAGAUACAGGAAGCAAAGUCCAAAGCUGAGAGGCAGGAUCAAAAACUUUUUCAACAGGCAUAUGAAAUCUCUGAGACAAAGUCAGUUUGUGAAGAUCUCAAAGAGGAUUUGAAUAAAAAGGAGUCCAUCAUCAAGCAUCUCAGUGCUGCAAAUGAUAAACUUCGAGUGGAUUGCAAUGACAAGUUCAAAAGGUGGGAAGAAGAAAAAAGAGGGUUGGUGUUGGCCUUAGAGGAGGCAAAUGAGAAGUCACAGAACCAGGAACAACAGAAUUAUCUGUACAAACAAGAGAUUGAAAGACUGAAAGGUUGUCUUUCAGUUUCAAAGGAGAAGUGUUUCGAAACAGAGAAAAAAAUUAAAGUAUCCAAAGAACUGAGAGAAAGAGAUGACUUGUUCCAGAAGUUAGAGGAGGAAAGCAGAAGGGUUGAAGAACAAUUAAAAUGGAAGAAGGAACAGUUUAACCAUUUAGAAGAAGCAUAUGAAAAACUUAGAGACCAGUUUAAGUCUAGCAAGAAGGAGUGGGAGAUGGAAAAAUCUACAUUGCUUGACGAGAUUUCUUCACUUCAGACUAAGUUAGACUCUCAGAUCAGAAUAUCAGAGGAUUUACAACAUCAGCUACAGUCUUGCCACCAAGCUCUUGCUCAUGUAGAAAGCCAGAAAAAGCGCCUGGAAGUUGAAGUUUCAAAUCUUAAGGUGGAGCUUGAUAAUGCUAGUAAUGAGUACCAGGAUGCUAGGUUACAGCUAGAUUGCUUAAACACUGACCGUGACAAAGAUAUUGCAGAUCUGAGAUAUUUGCUAAAAACGAAAGAGGCAUAUCAUAAAGAAUCAAAGUACAGGAUUGAGAAGCUAGAGCAAGAAAAUCAAGAGCUGCGGACGUCCCUCAAAGAACUCCAGGAAGCUCAAAUUCAAGAAGCUGGAGCUUCAUAUUCACAAUCAAAGUUGCGGUCCAAGCUCAGAAAUUUGGAACAAACUCAUAAAGAGUGUGCCUCUACUUUAAAGGCUAAAGAAGCUGAAUGGAGCUUUAAGCUAAAACAGUUAACAGAAGACCUGAAUAUAUGUCAGUCUGAGUUGGAAACUAAAAUUGAAGCAGUGGAAGAUCUCCAGAUGGAGUUAGAAAGGUCUCAUACUUUAGCCAUUGAGAUGAAGUUAUUGAAUGAGGAGAUGUCUGUGAUGCUGCUAGUGUUGAAACAGGGAAUUUCUGAUGCUCAAUUGAAACUUGCCUGCUGCAAAGAUGAGAUGGACCUUAUCAGCAAAGCAAGAGAAGAUAAGAUCUUCCAACUGAUGAAGCAGUUGAAGAUGAAAGAUACUGCUUUGAUCAGUGCCCAGAAAAGCAUAAAUGAACAACUUGAGAUAGCAGCAUGUUUGAUGAGGCAGGUUGAGUCUUAUGGAUCCAACAAUGAACUGCAGCAUUCACUGCAAAAAGAACUUGACAGAAACAAGGAAAUACUGGAGGAAUCAACUAUGAGUCAGAUGAUCCUCAAAGAGAAGGUUUUGCAGAUGGAAUGUGACUAUAAAGAACAGCUUAAAGAAAUUCACGAUGCUUUAGACUGUGCAAUCAUUGAAUUGGAUGAGACAAUAUGUGAAAGAAAUGAAAUGGAAUUUGAGUUGCAAAUCUGGAAGUCAACUGUUGAGCGCUUGAAGAAUAAUAUUGAAGAAAAUCUUGUGGUGCGUAGAGAACUGGAAACUUCACUUCUGGCACAAGUAGAUGUUUGUGAAAGACUCAAGCAAGAAAAAAAUAUCUUGGUAUUUAAGUUGGAAGAGAAAGAGAGAACCCUAGAUUAUCUGCAGCAAGAUGUUGUGCUAUUGGAACAUGAGCCAAGAACAAGGGGAGAAUCAGCAGUGUCCUCUGAGUCUGAUAAUGUCAGAUAUCUCCGGAUCAUAGCAGAGAAGGACAAGACUCUUGAAGAGCUCCAGAAAGAGGUUGUGUGGCUGGAACAAGAAAUAUUUAGAAGAGAAUUUGAAAGUGCUGUGAUUGAGAAAGGCACAGUGGAGAGAACCUUUGAGCAUGAGAAAGAUAAUCUUAUCCAGCUUGUAAAAGGAAAAGGCAAGAGAAUGGAUGAACUCAUGCUGCAGGUGACUUCGCUGGAGCAGCAAUUCACUAACUCGUUGACUAGCCUUUCUUCACAGCUUGUUGAGAAACAGGCUGAAAUUAACCUCAUCCGUGAAGCUUGUGACAAGAUCACAGCAUCUCAGAUUCUAGCUGCACUUGAAAUUGAGGAGAAGAAGUUGAUGGUAGUGGAACUUGAGGAUGAUAUUCAAGCUAUACAGCAGAAAGUGAAACUGCAGGAGGAAAAAUGGAGCCAAUCAGAGCAACUUGCAUUGGAUACUGAAGUAGAAUUGGGUGCAAAACAGUCAAAGGUAAUGGAGUUGAAUGAUCAAAUGGAGACUAAUCUAAGAAAAUCAGAUGCUUUGGUUCAGAAACUCAAGAUGGAGAAUAGAAAUUUACUUGAAAAUGCCACCAGACUGUCAUCGGAAAGGGAAAACAUGUUGGCUUUUGUUCAGGGAUUCAGUGAUAAAAUCUGUGAGUUCUCCACUGCAGACACUCUACUAAUGGACAAGCUGAAAAGCAUGGUACUGUCUUUUGAGAAUGGUUAUCCAGUAAUGACUUUGAAAAAGGAUGCUAGUUUCAUUGUAAAAGAGAAUAUGUUAAUUCAGUCUCCCACGAGGAUAAGGAAACUUGAAGCCAAUUCUGAUAAAAGAUCACCAUUCAAGGAGCUAAAUUUGUUAGAAGAAUAGGAUGUGUGCAGUCUUGUAUUUUCGGCAAAAAGGUCAUGCAGUUUGAAACAUGACCAUAUUCUUUGGAUUGUAUAUGCCAUUUAUUUAUUUCUUGAGUUCGGUCCUAUGUAUACACUUUUUUUUUGGUGUCAAUGCAGCUGUUCCACGAAUAUUCCCUCGGUUA